UAGUUGUCGUGGGGCAGUUGUAUUUGGGCUUGUUUAUCGGGUCUGCCCGUUUGUUAGUACUCGAGAUCUAUUAACCCGGACCCGAGCCCAAAGCUGACUCGAUAGCGUCGUCGUCUUCAUUCCUCCCCUCCCGGUUUCUAGCUCUCAUCGACCAGUGCAUUCGCAGUCCGAAAAAUCAGUUACUGUCUCGACUCUCUGUCUGAUUCUUGUUGCAAGCUCAGGUAAAACGAAAAGAAGAAGAGAACUUUUGAUUUUCCCUUUCUGCUAAGUCUCCGUCUCCUUCUAUUUUCGAUUUUUUGGAUUUCCUGAAAUGAGCUUACUACUGCUCAAAAGAAGAGAAUUCUCUUCCCUUUCCAGAAACCAAUACAGCAUCCUUACAGAAAUCUUCUUCAAUUCCAAAGCCCGGCAAAACUCAUAUGCCGGCAACCCCCAAAUCCAAAACCCUUCUAGGGUUUUACAACAUUUCUUAUAUUCAACUCAGUCUUCUAAGUUCUCCGAGUACGAGAUGCCGACGGUCACUUGGGGUGUGGUACAAGGCAAGAAAGAAAAGCUUAUUAAUCGCGUAAAAAUAUGUGAUUAUCUUAAGAGCUUAGGAAUAAUCCCUGAUGAAUUGGAAAGUUUAGAAUUACCAUCUACAAUCGAGGUAAUGAGUCAGCGGGUCGAGUUCUUACAGAAAAUAGGAUUAACCAUUGAUGACAUUAACGAGUACCCGUUGAUGCUGGGCUGUAGUCUCCGUAAAAACAUCAUACCUGUGUUAGGCUACCUGGAGAAGAUAGGGAUACAGAGGUCGAAACUAGGGGAGUUUGUUAAGAACUAUCCGCAAGUGUUGCAUGCGAGUGUUGUUGUUGAGCUUGCCCCUGUGGUUAAGUUUCUUCGUGGGCUUGAUGUGGAGAAGCAAGAUAUGGGGUAUGUUUUACAGAAGUAUCCUGAGCUUCUAGGGUUUAAGCUUGAAGGCACUAUGAGUACUUCAGUUGCUUAUUUAGUAAGCAUUGGGGUUAAUCCUAGAGACAUUGGUCCUAUGGUAACACAGUACCCUUAUUUUUUGGGAAUGAGAGUUGGUACUAUGAUUAAGCCGCUUAUAGAUUUUCUGGUUUCCCUAGGUUUACCAAAGAAGAUUGUGGCUAGGAUGUUGGAGAAGCGAGCAUAUAUACUUGGUUAUAAUCUUAAGGAGACUGUUAAACCAAAUGUGGAUUGCUUGAUUAGUUUUGGCAUCAGGAGCGAAUCACUUGCAUCAGUUAUAGCACAAUAUCCCCAAAUUUUGGGAUUACCUCUGAAAGCUAAGAUGUCUUCGCAACAAUAUUUCUUUGGUUUAAAGCUCAAGAUUGAUCCAGAGGGUUUUGCUUGUGUGGUAGAAAAGAUGCCACAGAUUGUGAGCCUUAACCAACACGUGAUUAUGAAACCUGUUGAUUUCCUUUUGGGACGGGCAUUUUCACCAGAGGAUGUGGCAAAGAUGGUGGUGAAAUGUCCACAACUAGUUGCAUCGCGAAUUGAGCUUAUGAAAAACAGCUAUUAUUUCUACAAGAGUGAGAUGGGAAGGCCAAUGAAAGAGCUUGUGGAGUUCCCAGAAUACUUCACUUAUAGCUUAGAGUCCAGAAUUAAACCCAGGUAUCACAGGUUGCUGAACAAGGGAAUCAGGUGUUCGCUGAAUUGGUUUCUGAACUGUAGUGAUCAGAGAUUUGAAGAGAGAUUACAAGGUGAUUUUAUUGAAUCAGAGGGUGCAGGUCCAUCGUUUUGUAUAGGUGGGAGGUUGGAGCUACCAAGAAACGAGAUUGUGUCUGAUGAGGAAGAUGAGAAUGAUGAAGAAGUACUCUACAGACGAACAGUCUCUUUGUAGUAUAUUUUAUUUAGUAACAUCAAGCAAUGAAAAUUCAAAUUUUUAAUUGCCAGUUUUUGCUAUCUUAUUUUUUCUUUCCUUUUCAUUACUAUUGGUUUAUUAUUCCUUUAGUUAUUCAUUUAAUAAUCUCGUGCAAAUGAGCCUCUAUUUGAGAGCUGUGCUAGAUAUGCCUAUUGUUUCUGAUAGGCAAGCUUGUAUAUCACAUGCGAGCCCUUUCCUUCUCUUGUUGGAUUCCUGUGUUUUUCCAUCUUCUCCUCUGAGCAGUGGCAGCAACAGCAGGGUUAGUGAUGCAAUUGAGAAAGUUAUGGGAUGGUGCUUCAGGUUACCAUUCUCUCUUUCUGCUGGUUAACAACUCUCAUGCGUUUGGCCAGCCCUAGAUCAGGAUUGAAAUCCUUUUGUCCACAGGCACAGAGGAUUGAUUGGCAGUUAUUUACUCCAAUUGACACAUAAACACUUGAGUCCACCUCUCUUCUGAUCUCCAGAAACUGAGAUGAGCAACAAUUUGUAAACAGGUAUGCUGUUUGGGCAUGAGUUGAUUUCAGUCGCUCCGUCGAAGAGGACAAUAGUUUAUUUAUUCAGUACUCAAUUUGAGACUUAAUAGAUCUUUUUUAGGGACCAUAUCACUGGGGAAUGCCCAGCAUAGUGAAGUGGGGAGACGAACCCCCAAAGGUUACUUGUUAAAGAGCAUUUGUGCCAUUAGCGACACUUACUAAGCUCUUUGAUGCUGCUAGAAGUUACCAAUUUUUAGAAAUUGCAAGAGCGUCUCCUUUCUUUUCCACUGCACUUGAUGUGGUCGUGAUCCAUGUGGACCAAAAAGAAAGAAAAACCUUCCAAUUUCUGUCUUCUUUCUUCAUUCUAACUGGGAAAACUUGUUUGUGGUUGUCGGCAUAUUUUCUUGCACUUGAGUAGGGAUUUCUAAUAUCUUAUUAUCUCUUUCUUGCUACAUAAAUGAUUACUGAUUGGAAGUUAGAUGGCUCAAAUGGGAAUCUUUAAUAUCUUACUAUCUUGUUAUUUGUUGAAAGUUAGAUUGAGGUCAUUUCAUUUUUUUUUUGAAUGAAGAGACCAUUUUAUUCCGACCCUACAGUAGUUUCCUUUGUAAACUCUUGGUUUUUUUCCAUGGUUGAAAUGCUGUCAGCAGUAAUCUCUUAUGUGCUCGGUAGUUGAAUACUUCCAUAUAUUUGAUCACUGGGAAACAAUGUCUGGAUAUGGCAGGAUGGUUUAUUUGCCAUACCUGCAGUUUGGAUGUGGCUUAAUUAACAGGCAACAUUCAAAGUUAGAUGUAAAGCCUAUGCGGCUCUCAAGAUGGUCUGGCAUCUUAUUUCCUGGCGUGAAUUGAGUACCACCAAAUGAAUUGUUGCUUACACAGGAAAGCAUAAAUUUCUUGGUAACUUUAAAUUAUUCAAUAAACCCACAUGAGAUUUUCCAAAGAUUUAGUUAUUGUGAACGCCGCAACAGCAAAAGGCUUUAUGGUAAUGGAAGCGGAAGGCGAAGAGCUGGUAAGUAUUAGAGCCAUCAAACUUGCAAUCAGUCAUACCCACUGUCCGUUUCUGUGUCUUCCCUUGAAGAACUGUAAGGCAUUUUCCUGUACUGCCAUUGACCCAGAAUCGGAAUUCUUGGUGAUUUAGCUCCUUUGGUGGAUUGAUUGAUUUCCAGUCAGCCUCGGCUAAGUUUUCCAGGGAAUUCAAUGAACGGAGGCGUACCUUGCCGUGUUUGUCCACAGAGAGCUAAAAGAUUAGGGGGUCAAUAAUAUGAAUAUCUUACCUAUGAUAACCAGAAGCUGAACCAGAAGUAGAUUGCCAGCCAAAAUAAGCGUUAUGUGUUGUUGAUUCUCCACCUUUGAUGUUGGGUACUGAGUAUACACCCCUAUCGUUCUUAUGAACGUAAUCUGAUUGUAAUGCACCAGCAAUGAGUGUAUUGUCAAAAGCUGUCAUGUGGGGAUAAGCUUCACUUGCAGGGCAUUUACUUGAGUCACAUUUUGAGCACUGACUACAUAGUUUGUCACUCUUCAAAAAUGCAGUCCCUUCAACGCAUGUCAUUAGCAGGACAAGGAGGCAGAUAUAGAACAGGUAUCUGUCCGUGUUCAUUACUACCUAAGUUUAAUUUUUUCCUUUCUCUAUUGCACGAUCUGAUGAGCUAGGUUUCCUUUCUCUAUUGCACAAUCUGUUGAGCUAGGUUUCGUUUCUCUAUUGCACGAUCUUUUGAGCUAGGAAUGGCAUGCUUAUGUACCUUUUCUUGUUCUUGGUUUUAUCAACUUUCCUUGUUUCUAUAUCUGAUUAGUAGAAUUUAGCUUGCAGAUCCUUUCUGUUCGGCAACUAAAAUUAUCUGAUAAGGAGAAAGGCUGGAUUUGGUACUUAGUGAUUCUUUUGGUUUCAGCUUUUAGAUGAUAUCAACCUUUAAAUUCCACCUAUUCUUUGUCUUAUAGCCAUUUUGUCUGCAUACCUUUCAGUGUCGGCCCAACCUUUGUCCUAUUUUCAUUCUUGGAAACAUCAAAAGAGCAAAUGAUUUCCUUUAUUUGCUUCUCUAAUGUGUAAUUUUUGCAAUUUUCAUUAAAUGUGAAUGCUAUUCACACUCACUUGAAAUAUUUAAAUAAUUAUGACGAAGAGUUAAGGUUUCAGGUUAAUCUGUGAAUCUGAAUAAGGUACAUCUAAAUGUUAUUCAUGCUUUCGCUUGAAAUAUUUAAAUAAUGACAAUAACAAGUAGCAAUUCACGAUUAAUCUGUGACUUAAGAUCUCAUUUCUUCCACCUGCAUUUCUAAUGUAAUGGGAUAAAUAAUCUGUGGAUCUUCCGCUGAUAUUUUAAUCUACUCUUCUUUCUGUGAUGGCUUGGUUGUGCUUUGGAAUCACAGUGCCGGAUGUAAUGCAUGGGAUAUCACAAAUAAUGGAGGCUGAGAUCUUAACAGAGCAACAGUAUAUCCCAGGUUAGACGCAUAUAUUUAAUUGUGACAUGGUAUCUUAAGACAUGAUUUUGUCAUGAAUUAAAUAAUAUUAUGACUGUAUUUCAGUUAAUUGAUUAGAAUCUUUGAUUCAUACAAUGUCAUAUGCUUACAAAUUUAUCUUUUGUUGAUCAUGUCCAAGGAUCAUCAUGCUACUCGUCUCUUCUCACGUUUCUUUAGAAGAAAGCCUUAUUGGCAUGAAAAAUUGGGAUUUGGGGGAGGGGCCAAACAGUGAAUAGGACAAAUUAUGUAAUCUAAGAAGGUAAGAUGGGGUAGAAUGGAAAACAUGUUAUCUUGUUAGACAAUAUAGUAAUGAAAA